AUGGCCCCUCGGAAGCUUUCAACCGCUGGUAAGCCUGACCGACCGACUGUAAUGAACGGUCGUAUCACUCGAUCACGCAAGGUACCUCUCGUAACUACAGACGCUCGACACCACGAGAAUCCAACUUCGGACAAGAACGACCAGGAGAAUGACCUCCCACCAGUCCAGGGGAAACCACCCGCUUGGGCAGAGUGCCGUCCUGAUUUGUGCGAUGCCAUCCCCUGGUUUCGCUCCGCCCAAGGAGGCUACUACUCUAAAGGAAGCCUGUGCUACGGCUGUCUAGUGGAUGCGGACUCAGGGAUCCGCGCCUAUAUUGAUGACGAGGUUGUCAUUACUCGAAUUGGCGGUGGGUGCAUGAAAGACGCUGAUGGCAAACUCGUGCUGCUCAAGGACCAGAAUACUGAUAGCGCGGUCCUUAGCAGUGUGCUUAACAGCUGGAAGAUGAACAAUCCAGUGGGAAUUAUCAUUGGCAACCGGAAUACGCAGCUCAACAGAAAGCUCCCUCACCGAUACAACGUGAUGGCCUACUUCCGCAUCACGGACGUCUGGUACGAGAAGAUAGGGAGCAAGAAAGGCGCCAAAGUGCGCUUCGAGAAGCUGGACCUCAGCAAGCCCAGCUGGUGGGCAGGCCCCGGGACAUCACCGGUUCUAGUGGAGCAACGCGACUUUACUCUCCGACCAGCUACUAGACGCUGCUCGACCUGUGACCAGGAGAGCAAGCAAGUGUACAACGAGGGGUGGAUGUGUCUGGAGCCGUCCUGUGCUCGAUUCUGGAAGAUGAACGGCAACACUGCGCCGCCGGAGCAUCUCACCUUCACCGCGGCGUUCCUCAACGCUCGCCUGCCGCCCGACCCGCACAUCCAGCCUCACUUUGACUUGGUCCCGGACCUGUUGGCAACCAUGUCCGAAGACAGGGGUGACUUGAUCUUCAAGCGCAUCGCGUGGAAAGGGAUCGUGUGUCCGCAGUGCUCGCGGUGCAUUGCGCGCCGCUUCUGGCGCGGAUGGAAAUGCACCGACGAGCUCAUCCACAAGCCAUCUAACCAGCAACGAUGCAGCUUCGAACGGUACCUCAAGGUCUCGCCACUUUCCGUGCGAUCCGUCAUCGAGGAAUUCGAGAUUCAUCCCGGCAAACGCGCGAUAUGCUUUGACCCGAAGCUCCAAAUGCCGGACAUCGACGAUACAUCCCUACAUCCGUAUAGAAGAUUGGUAUAUACUCUUCCUGGUGUGGGGUCUGUGACCCAUCUCGUGGCCAAUCGGGCCAUCAACACGCGCGCCAACGGGCCGGACGACCUGUUCAAACGGCUUCAGUCUGUGGAACUGGGCUUACAGCGAUAUCCUCUGCAACAGAGCGUUGUCCGCGGUACUCUCACCUCCCAUUACGCUGUCAACUAUGGCUGCCCAUACAAAUAUGUCGUCUCCGUCUCCUCCAAAGGCUUCAACGAAGCCAGCGACGAGAUUCUCCGGGCCCUCGGUCGCCUCACCUGGGCGACCCACCAAGCCGUCACCGCAGCGGGGGAUGAGUGCCUCCCGCCCAACGAGCUCCUCCUGCUGGGAUACAUGGAGGACAUGAAGAUUGGAUACCACGACGACGGCGAAUCCUCCCUGGGGCCCACAAUCGCCACCCUCUCCCUCGGCGCGCGCGCAACCAUGCUCCUUCGCAUGAAGUACAAAUACUAUCACGGCUGCACGCGGGCCAAGCGCCUUCUCGACGACGACCCGGUCCUCGACGGGUGCGGGCACUUCGCUGAACGCCAGGCCCUGAAAGCCAAGCUGGAAGCGGGCGAGAUCACCCGAGCGGAGUACAAGGCGCAGCGGGGGAAGUGCCUCGGGAAUCGGAGGGGGGAGGCCCCCCCGUGCAUCAAGAUCGAGCUGAACCAUGGGGAUCUCGUGGUGAUGCAUGGGGAGAAGUUGCAGCGAUUCUAUGAGCAUUCGGUGAUUCCAGAGAAGAACCUUCGUUUUGCGCUGACGGCGCGGUAUAUCAAGCCUGAGUUCAUGGAGGAAAUGGACGCGCAGAAGGGGAAGUUCACGCUCACAGAUGACCAGGUGUAUGAUGGGAAGUGA